AUUCAGGCUUUCAUGGGCAUUUCUGAUAUAAACCCAAAUUACAGGCUUUAGCAAAGUAAAGAGAGGAGAAAGUGAUCUCCUAUUUUAAACAAAAUGAAGCUGCUGUCUACAGCACUCUGUCUCACAUUGUUGCUCUGCUCUGAUGCGCAAAGCCAAACACCUGUAACUUCUGCAGACUGUGACACAGUUGAAACUGAUGCAGGGGUGGCCCUGGAUUUGAUCAAUAAAGACCGCAGAGAUGGCUACAUUUUUACUCUGUUCCGUGUUGCUGAUGCCCAUGAACAACAGACAGGGAAUUCAUCAAUCUUUUAUUUGACUUUGGAUGUGCUGGAAACCCAGUGCUCUGUAUUAUCCAGGAGACAUUGGAAGGCCUGUAAACUCCCACAGAACAAUGAAAUGGUAUUUGGACAAUGUAAAACUAUUGUGUAUAUAAACAAACAGUUGAAGAAAGAAAUACUGCAUGGCUAUAACUGCACAGUGAGUCCAGAUCAUUCACAGUUAUACAAGUGUGAACACUGCCCUGGAAGAGCAACAGCCUUAGCAGACAUUGAGCAGCACAGAGGGAACGCUGAGAGAGCCCUGGAGAGGUACAAUGAAGAUAGUAACCACACACAGUAUUUCAAGGUGGAUAAAGUACAAAGAGCUACCAUGCAGAUCACACCUCAUGCAGGAUACUUUGUCGAAUUUACUAUAAAAGAGACCUGCUGCUCCAAAUCCACACCACAUGCAAAUGUAUCUGAAUGUGAAUUUCUGCAUGACAAAUAUGCUCGCGUGGGAUUCUGCAGGGGGAAAUUUGCGAGUGACACAAAAAAUCCUGAUGUACUUGAGAUAUCCUGUGAAAUCUACGGUCCCUGGUGUGACAGACCUCCCUUCCACCAUCACCCCCGCUCCGGAGAACAUCAUCACCACCACCACUUCUCUGGGAAAGGACAUCCCCCUGUAGGUCCAUCACACAGACAUCAUCAUCAUCCCGGCUUUGGCCCUGGACAUCCUAACAGACAUUACCAUAGAUGCCCACCACCUCCUGAAAAUAGGGUCCUCCACCGUGAAGGAUCUGAACAUCAUCACAAUUUCUCUGGAGAGGAACAUCAGCAUGGGCCUUCUCAUCUUCCUCCAUCGGGUCCUCAUUAUCCUCCCCCACCCCCUGGCACACCACAUCACAGACAUCACCAUCCCGGCUUUGGCCCUGGACAUCCUAAAAGACGUUACCAUGGAUGCCCACCACCUCCUGAAAAUAGGGUCCUCCACCCUGAAGGAUCUAAACAUCAUCACAAUUUCUCUGGAGAGGAACAUCAGCAUGGGCCUUCUCAUCUUCCUCCAUCGGGUCCUCAUUAUCCUCCCCCACCCGCUGGCACACCACAUCACAGACAUCACCAUCCCGGCUUUGGCCCUGGACAUCCAAAAAGACGUUACCAUGGAUGCCCACCACCUCCUGAAAAUAGGGUCCUCCACCCUGAAGGAUCUGAACAUCAUCACAAUUUCUCUGGAGAGGAACAUCAGCAUGGGCCUUCUCAUCUUCCUCCAUCGGGUCCUCAUUAUCCUCCCCCACCCCCUGGCACACCACAUCACAGACAUCACCAUCCCGGCUUUGGCCCUGGACAUCCUAAAAGACGUUACCAUGGAUGCCCACCACCUCCUGAAAAUAGGGUCCUCCACCCUGAAGGAUCUAAACAUCAUCACAAUUUCUCUGGAGAGGAACAUCAGCAUGGGCCUUCUCAUCUUCCUCCAUCGGGUCCUCAUUAUCCUCCCCCACCCCCUGGCACACCACAUCACAGACAUCACCAUCCCGGCUUUGGCCCUGGACAUCCUAAAAGACGUUACCAUGGAUGCCCACCACCUCCUGAAAAUAGGGUCCUCCACCGUGAAGGAUCUGAACAUCAUCACAAUUUCUCUGGAGAGGAACAUCAGCAUGGGCCUUCUCAUCUUCCUCCAUCGGGUCCUCAUUAUCCUCCCCCACCCCCUGGCACACCACAUCACAGACAUCACCAUCCCGGCUUUGGCCCUGGACAUCCUAAAAGACGUUACCAUGGAUGCCCACCACCUCCUGAAAAUAGGGUCCUCCACCCUGAAGGAUCUAAACAUCAUCACAAUUUCUCUGGAGAGGAACAUCAGCAUGGGCCUUCUCAUCUUCCUCCAUCGGGUCCUCAUUAUCCUCCCCCACCCGCUGGCACACCACAUCACAGACAUCACCAUCCCGGCUUUGGCCCUGGACAUCCUAACAGACAUUACCAUGGAUGCCCACCACCUCCUGAAAAUAGGGUCCUCCACCCUGAAGGAUCUAAACAUCAUCACAAUUUCUCUGGAGAGGAACAUCAGCAUGGGCCUUCUCAUCUUCCUCCAUCGGGUCCUCAUUAUCCUCCCCCACCCGCUGGCACACCACAUCACAGACAUCACCAUCCCGGCUUUGGCCCUGGACAUCCAAAAAGACGUUACCAUGGAUGCCCACCACCUCCUGAAAAUAGGGUCCUCCACCCUGAAGGAUCUAAACAUCAUCACAAUUUCUCUGGAGAGGAACAUCAGCAUGGGCCUACUCAUCUUCCUCCUCCACCUGGUCCUCAUUAUCCUCCCCCUCCUUAUGGUUGCCAUCACCACCAUAGACAUAUCCAUCUACACCAUCAGGGGUCUAGCAAUUUUUCCCAGGAAAGAGGAGGAGAUGAGGGCAGCUCCUCAGAAGAGCACAUUUCAUCCAAAACACCUCAUCCUUUCCAUAAAAGACAGGUUGGAUCCAUCCAUCACAUUCCAGUUUUAAAUCAGCAUGAUGUCCUCCCAGCUCCUGCUGCAAACUUCCCUGACCCUCCGCCAGCUCCCCGGGAUCCAUUUUGCAAAUAUUUAAGUGAGAAACCAGCAAUUCAGCCUUUUCCACAAGCCCCUUCAGAAUCUAAAUCAUGCCCAGGAAAACCCAACUAUGAUCUGCCAGACCUUUUGCCUUUAUUUCCCCAUAGAUCUACACAGUGAAUGUUUUUCUUUUAAUUGAAAUGCUCAUCAUUCCAAGCCCUCAAUCAGUGUAAUCUGGUCUUGCUCCAUUGAUUUCAGUGGUGCUAUACUGAUUUAUACAUAGCCCCAAAGAUGUAACAUGGAGAAAGAAAAUAUUAAACUACAAUUUUUCAUAGUGAAAAUUAUAAUACAUGCUUCUAUAUACAUGUGUGGUAUAGUGCUUUUGACAAAUGCAUCUAUUGCAAAUUCAUGCCCAUAAAGCUCUGCAGUUCAUUA